UUAUCAACAACUUAAGGGGAGAAGAAUCUGGGUAAACUUUUCUUCUCCCUUUUUAACCUGACUGGGGUCUUCUAGUAUACCCAGGCUCCUAAGACCUGGUUUAAGUGUUCUACUGAAAAUCCACUUGACUAUUCCAGGAAAAUACAAGCUAUAUUUUGGGGUUAAGUAUAAAAAUGAUUGAUUUUUUUUAACCUAGUGGAGGCAGAAGUUAUCUUCUCAUUAUAGUCAAAGGUAGUAUAAAAAAAAGUUGUAUUUUGUGACAUACAGGUGCCUGUAAGUCACUUUAAAGCUUGCCUGCUUUAGAGUUUAAAAGUGACUUAACAUUAAGUACAGAUCAAGUCAAAUUUGUUUUAACUUUAAUUUUCUAGCAAAACAGCUCAACUUCUGAGUUUGUGGAAAAUUCUAUAAGAACAUGUUUCCAGCAGUUGUAACUAUUGGGAGAUAGGGGAAGAUGAUCUAUAGGCCCCUCUCCCAUUUGAAGCUCAUAAUGUUUUUGCAGUACUUGCCUCACAAAUCACUAUAAUAAACUUUUUUUUAAUAUUUAUUUUUUAGUUAUAGGUGGACACAAUAUAUUUUAUUUGUAUGUGGUGCUGGGGAUCAAACCCAGUGCCUCACACAUGGUAAGCGAGCACUCUACCUCCAAGCCACAGCCUCAACACAUAAACUUCUUUUUUAAAAGGCAAACUACAAGAUAGUACUGUAUAUUGUUAAUAUACAACAUGACCAUUUAUCUUUCUGAUUUGAGAUUGUUACAAAUAGAAUAUUUCAAACCCUUUGGAAAUCCACAUCCUUGGGAGAAGGUGGUUUUUAUUAUUUUUUUAAAUGGAAUGACACUUCUGCUUUAUUCUCAUUUAUUUCCUUUAAAGGGAAUUUAGGAGAAAUUCAGUAAACUUUAUUGGAAAAAAUUCAUAGUUUUAACCCAAUGUUUUCACUGUAUAAAUGUCCUUUUAUCUCUUUCCAAGUGAAAAGAUUUUCCUCAUGUUGUUCAAAGAUAAUUGGAUUAUAAAAUUAUAUAAAUUAUGAAUUAUAAAAACUUUAUUUUCAAUCUAGCAGCAGACCCUUUGGGGCCAUAAAGAGACUAAUUUUUGGAAUAAUAGUAUGAGUAAUAAUUUAGGGCUUCUCACACAAUAGUUGACCCUUACAUACAGAUAAGUUUUACUUUAGUCUCACUUGGGUCAGGGGAGAGAGAAGAAGAUAAAUAGGCAAUUGUGAAAUUACUUCAGAAUACUUCUUAAGAAAUUUAAAGGUGAUUAUUAGAAAAGCUGAUGGUAACUUGGGUUUAUUAGUGUUAGUGUUAUAGUGGUGGAAAGUUUUUGGCAAUGGGUGUUUCUUUGUCUACACAUAGCAUCACAUAAAUGUUUGACAAACUAGUACUGACAGAAUCAGGUAAACAGUGGCUUUAAAGUGACUUUUUCUUUUUCUUUUUUUUUUUUUUUUUUUUUUUUGUGGUGUUGGGGAUUGAAUCCAGGACCUUGUGCAUGCAAGGCAAGCAUUCUACCAAUUGAGCUAUAUCCCCAGCCCUAAAAUGACUUUUUUACGUGAGUUUUACCAAGUUAAUAUUCAUACUAUUGCCCUUUUCCAGUUCUUUGCUGAAAGUGUUGAUCUUUUGUUCUGACUUCAAAAAAUAAUAUCUUUAAGUGCAAUUUGGUAUUAGUAUGACUAUUUUAAACCUCAUCAUAGAAAUUAGUUUCUAAAGUCUUAAACUGACCUUUGGUAGUCCUUGAUCAUAUGGCCUGGCCUCCUGCAACCAGCUAUUGUCCUAACCUUAAUGUAUUAGAUGCUUUAUUUUCUGUUGUUUUAAAAAAUAAUUUAUACACUUUUAGCUGCCUUGAGUGUUUUUAAAUUUAAUUCUUCUCAAAUUUACCUGAAUUCAAAUAUUACUAAGAUAAAGGCACCAAAGUGGCCAUUUAGUGUUUCCCAGGAGUUAGUUGAAACUGGUAACCCAAGAACUCUGGGAACUCCUUAGAAGAUGUAAGGCCAGCCAUAGUCAAAUAACAGUGGAAAAAGUACUUGAUGUUAGGAUAGGGCUAAAUUACAGUUUAAGGAAUCAUUAACAUCACUUGAACUCAAAAGUAGUAAAACUGUGACUACUGAUCACGAUUAAAGCAAAUGUACUAUAUAUAGAUGCUAAGAGAUUGGAAAGAUAUAUUUCUCCAGGCACUUACAUUCUUAUCUGAAUGUAUGAUUAAAGGUUGUCCCUGUUUUAAGGUGAUAAAUCUAGACAUCUAUUACAAUAAGACACGACAGAUUAUUUACAGAAUUUGAGGUGUGUGACAUUUCAAAAACAAUCUCACUUUGUUUUGUACAGUAACUAGUCAAUGGAAAGGCAUUAAAACUUGUACAUUAGGAGAUACUAAUGCUAUUGACAUCUUUAAACUUACAUGCAUAAAUAGGAUAUUUAAUACACCACCUGUUCAGUAUGUCAGAGAUUUUAAAUGAUAAUUUAAUUAUUGGUAUUAUGUAUUAACCAGGAAUACAGUGGCUCUUUCUGGAUAAAAUCAAAGGUCUUUUUAUGAAGCUAAAUGGGGCCUAUAAGACAUUGCUACUUUAAAUUGAAUAUAGUUUAUAAACAUUGUGUUGAGAGGUGGUCUUGGUGGCACAUGCCUGUCAUCCCAUAAUGACUGGGAGGCUGAGACGGGAGGAUGGUAAGUUUAAAGCCAGCCUCAGCAAAAGGCAAGGCACAAAGCAAUUCAGUGAGGACAUGUCUCUAAAUAACAUACAAAAUAGGGCUGGGGAUGUGGUUCAGUGGUACUCAAGAGUACCCAUGAGUUCAAUCCCCAGUACAAAAAAAAAUUUGUUGAGAGACAUAUUCCCUUGAUUUUUGAAUACUAGAAUUUUUUUUUAAAUCAUAUGCCACAAGACAAUUGCUAAGAGAAUUUAUAUAUAGCUUACAAUAUGUGAGUAAACUGUUUUGAAUUAAUUACAGAAUUAGAAAUUAGAGGCAGAAUUUUGUUCCUUGGAGAAAAAUUAUUGAUCUUCAGAAAGAGUGCAGUUUUUUAAAAAAUAUUUUUAGUUGUACAUGGACACAAUAUAUUUUUUUUAUGUAGUGCUAAUAACUGAAACUAGUGCCUCACAUGUGUUAGGCAAGUGCUCUACCACUGCACCAUACAACCCCAGACCAGUUUUUAUUUUUUUAAAUAUUUUUUUUUAGUUGUAGUUAACACAAUAUCUUUAUUUUAACCUAAGGCCUUGAACGUGCUAGACAAGUACUCUACUGCUGAGCCACAGCCCCAGCCCCAGUUUUUAUUUUUGAUAUGACUCUUGGAAUGGAAAUAUUUUAGGGGUUUUGCAUUUUUGAAAUUGUAUAGUGUGAUACUUAAUGUUAUAUUUCCCUUAGAACAAAUCAAGAAGUCAUAGGCCCUUUCCUUGACCCCUUUCAUUGUAGAUCAGGUUGUUUGUGAAUUGAUGAGUAGGGAAAUAAGCAACCUAUUCAGAAUUUGAUAUUGCCAUUUUCUUUUAUGGAAAAUUAAUUUUUAAGGUAGAAUUAUAACUAAGUCUGCCCUUAUGACUUUUUCAUAGUAUAAGCAUACACUGUAUUCAGUUAAUAUCUUGAGCCUAAAGUUUGAGACCAACAGCUUACUUCUGUGUUAUAUGCUCUUAGUUAUACUUUGAGGAGUAUAACUUUUUCCCUUAAUUAGGCAAAAAAAAAAAAAUGUCUUGUAGGGCACUUGGAAUUAUUAGCUAUUUAUAAGUCAUCUUUAUAUUCCUACUUUAAAGGUCACAAAUUGUUUUUCUUUAAAUAAAUACAUUUCUAGGGUAGGUUGUAAAUUUCUAGUGCUAUUUUAAAAAUAAAAACCUAAAAAGAAUUCUUAAGUAAAGUGAUAGAGAAUUCUAAGAUGGUCCAUCAGAGUUACUGAAGUUUCUCUUUAAACAUUGUUUUUCUAGAACAUUCGAAAUAACUUGUGUAGAUAUUUUGAGUUCUCAAUAACUUAUUUUUUAGCAUUCAAAUUAUGCAUAGAUUUAAAUGCCUUUUGUACUAGAAAUAAUUUUUCUUUUUUUAUUAAUUUAUCUUAAUUUGGUAUAUAUGACAACAGAAUGCAUUUUGAUUCAUUGUACACAAUUGCAGCACAACUUUUCAUUUCUCUGGUUGUACAUGAUGUAGCAUCACACCAUAUGUGCAGUCAAAAUGUACCUAGGGUAAUGACGACCAUCUCAUUGUACCCUCUUUCCUGCCCUCCCUCCCCUUUGCCCAAUCAAAGUUCCUCCAUUUUCCCCAUGCCUCCCCCCUCCCCAUUAUGGAUCACCAUCCACUUAUCAUAGAGACCAUUCUGUCUUUGUUUUGGGGGGAUUGGCUUACUUUGCUUAGCAUGAUAUUCUCCAACUCUACCCAUUUACCUGAAAAUACCAUAAUUUUAUUCUCUGUCAAUAACAUUUUUUACCUUAGUUUUGUAUAUUACACUGCCUGAGUUACACUAUGGUAUGGUAUAUAAGAUCUUUGGUUUUUCAUUAAAACUUCAUACAUUUGGGGGAGCAAUUUGAAGAGUUUAAUGACCACACUCUGAGUAUGAUUGUGAAAUGACUGAAUUCCAUCCAGAUUCCAUCCAGAUUUCUUUCUCAGACUUUCCGGGGAGCUUUUCUUCAUUUUUUUCUCCCUGUUUUCCCCACCUCAAGUUAUGUACAUUGUUUGAAAAAAAGACUUUUGGCAUCUGGAAUAUUUCUCUUGUCCUUUCAAGGUAGUCAUCUGGUAGUAAGCAAGCCUAUCCUCAGUGUCAAAACAGCACUGCCAAUGUAUACAUGGGUUUCCAUAUAUCUGAGCCAACCUGAACAGCUACCAGAAUGGAUCUAGAUGAUUACGAUUUUAUAGUUUAUCCUGAUAUAAUCAGUAAUUGUCACCAAGUAGUGAGAUGGGAGGGUAGGGGUAGGAAUCGGCAGGGUAUCUCUAGCCACAAUUUUAAAGUUUAUGGGAGCAUAAAAAUCCUAACUACUGAGUAUCUUUUAUGCUAUUUAAACUAUAGCAAACUAUUAGGUAUUCCUAAUCAUGUUGCAUUGCUUGCUUCUGUGUUGGAAGGGGAAAAUAUCAACCAAAAUCUGCAUACCAAUUCAAUUGCAAAAGGAAAUUACAAGAUAUGUGAUUUGAAAAGUGAAAAAUAUAUGUAAAAAUAGCAACUUAAUUACACAUUUACACCGAGCACGUUUUCUGAGUUGAGCAACACUAAUUUUGAGUACUUAAUUAAGGCUGGUGCUUUACACACACAACUAUGAAAAUCUUCAUAACUCCUGAUUUGGGUAUUUUCAGAAGCAGGAUGGGAGCUGUUUUACCCUAGGUUCCACAACUGGUGAAGAGGCAGAAAUGUUCUGAAAAUCUCUGGUGUCCCAUUCACUAGGCCACACUACUUCUUCCCUCCCAACACCUCAAAAUCAACGUAGGUCCAACCUACUUAAUGUAGAAAGGUGGGAACAGACAGUUCUUCCCUAUAGGAGGGAAUUUAGUUGCUGCUUUGAAACAACGCAGAAGUGUACUAUCACCGCGGGAAUGCCCUCAAGUCCUGCGCAGCUUUACUACGGGGUCAGACAGUAAACCGAUCCAGCGAAGAUUGCGAGGUGCUAACGGAGCACCGGGUGGGGCUUUAGGGACCUGGAGAGAAGCGCGAGUCCCGCCGACACGCGGCGGAAGCAGCUCCCGACCCCGCCCCGCGUCCGGUGAGCCAGCGCCCGCGACGGGUAGCCUGGGCGACGCUGUGAGGCGGCCAGGGUGCGGCCAGGGUGCAGCCAUGUACCGGCUGCCCGAGUCUAAGAGGAAGCGGUGGGACAAGCAGGCCCCUUCCCGGCAGGACGUACAAACCGCCUGUGUCCUCCCCUCUCCCGGGGCUGGUGAAGGCGGCCCUGCUCUCCCGGAUCGGCAAUCGGCGCCGCGGGCGACGGUGGCAGGCUCGGCGGGUGCCCGGGACAACAACCUACCGGCACCCGCACGCCCUCGUCCUUUGCUGCGCUCCGUGACCUCCUCCACAGGCGGGUCGCCGCCUUCCUCCGGGACCGGUAGUUCUCAAAAACAUACCGGCAUAUUUGCCCACAAAAACAGACCUAGAGAGCAAUCAGGAUUACAGUUAGGGAUGUGGUACUGGAAAGAUGAAACCAAAACUCUUGAAUUCAGAAGUUUUAUAUCUUCAGUAGAACUCAAGGAAAAAGGAAAGAAAGGCAAAGCCGUUCACUUUGCUGAAAUUGAUGGCCCCGCUUCAGAAAGGUUGACAGAUAAAAGGCUCUCUUCAAGAGAGGAUAAGUCAGCGAAAGCCUUAGAGAAACGAGGUCAGCAGGGCAACGUUACACUGGAUGAUGUUAAGUUUGUUGCUUUGCUUUUGCUACAAGAUACUGAGAUGCAGAAGAUCUGUUCUUUUACAACGUUUAUGAGAAAUAAGACUCUUGACAAUUUCCUCAUGGCAUUAUUGUACUAUUUAUCUCAUUACUUGGAAAAAAACUCGCUGGAAAAGAAGCCCCAAAGCUAUAUGGUGGGCCUUGUAGAGAAAAAAGAGAUGGAGCUGGUUUUAAGUAAGUUAGAAGCAGCACAGAAAUAUUUGGCUCAGAAGUACUGUGUCCUUGUGCUGGGGUUGGGCAUGCCUUAUAAGCAUCACAUGUGCUGUGGAAAGGAGAAAAUGUCAGACACACAAAAAGACUGGAAAUUCUUCGAGUCCUUAUUCACUUUCUGUACAUACGUAGCAUGGAUUGUCUUCCAACGUCAACACUUGACAGAGAUCGAGGAAGAAAUAGGAAGGCUCUUCCGCUCCAAUAUGUUCAAUAUUCCUCGAAGGAAACGGGAGGAUGAAGAAUCAGGAGGGGAGAAGAAACGCAUGACUUUUGUACAAUUCAGGCGAAUGAUGGCAAAACGCCCAGCCAUUAAAAAAGCCAUUAACAUGCGUUCUCCAGUACUGUCUACUCUGCUGCCAUCUCUCAGAGAAAAAGCUCAGAAUAUCGUUGAGAAAAAGUAUCAUCUAGUAGGCAUCAAACUCCCAGGCCAGGUGCAAAAACACAUGCAAAGUCUGGACUCUGUGCCCAUGUCAGUAGUUGGCAUUUUGGGGGAGCCACGAUGUCUGUUCAACCCUCAUACCCUUCUCCCCCUUGAACCAAAAGAAAAUGCAAAAUCAUCUAAAAGACUUCCAUCCCUGGGAGAGAGAAAUAACAUCCAGAUUCAGGACGCACUGGAGUCAUGAAAACAUUGUCUUCUUAAAUAUGCCCUAAAUAAUCUGGUAUAUUUCACUUCUGUAAUCAAGUCCCAGCACUUGAGGUAAACUACUUCAGCUUAAUUGCUUGACAUAGGAUCAAUAUGUGUGUUAUUAUUAUUAAACUUUUUAAGUUAUUCAAGUUAAUUUUGUUUGUACAAGUUAUUUUGUUAAAAGUUCAAUAGACUAUUAAAUAAUUCCAGAAAUCUCUUGAAA